AUGAGAGAGUACGAAAUACAAGUUGACUAUGGGUCCCCCUUCGUCUCGCAAAAGGUGCUUGAAAAUCUUCUUCCAACGGAAGUGGAGGACACGAGCGGCGAUGGAGCAUGCGACGGUGGCGUCGGCGGUGCGAAUCUCGCCUAUCCCGAGGGCACCAGCGGCCUGGUCGUCGGCCCGGAAACGUCGCCGGGCGUAAUGGAGUGCGGCGGAUGCGGCGAGCGUGUACGCGAGCGUACCGUCCUCUGCGUGGGCGGACGUACGUGGCACUCCAAGUGCCUGAGGUGUUGCGCCUGUGCCAGGCCGUUGCACGAUCAGCAAUCAUGCUUCCUGAGGGGAAUGCGGCUCUACUGCAGGCACGAUUACGUCCUAGCUUUCGGCGCCAAGUGCGCGAAAUGUGGACGUAGCGUGGGUGCCGGCGAUUGGGUGCGAAGGGCCAGGGAAAGGGUUUAUCAUCUCGCCUGUUUCGCAUGCGACGCUUGCUCGCGUCAGUUGUCGACCGGCGAGCAGUUUGCCCUUCUAGACGCCCGAUUGCUCUGCAAGGCGCACUAUCUCGACGUCGUCGAAGGCAACAACACAUCCUCCGAUGAAGGCGGUGACUCCGAGAGCGGCCACAAGGGCGGUAACAAGGCGAAGCGUGUCAGAACCACUUUUACCGAGGAGCAGCUCUCCGUUCUUCAGGCGAAUUUUCAAUUGGACAGCAAUCCCGACGGCCAGGACCUCGAAAGGAUAGCGCACGUAACUGGGCUCAGUAAAAGGGUCACGCAAGUUUGGUUUCAAAAUUCAAGGGCGAGGCAGAAGAAGCAUCUUCACACGGGCAAAAUGAAAGGCCAACACGUGCAUCAGUCACCACCGAAUUCCACCGCAUCGCCCAAUGAUUUCGGUCGACAUAUCAACUUACACCUCACAUAUUCGUUUCAACAUCAGCAACAUCAACAUCAGCAACAACAGCAGCCGCAACUCAGCCCGGCCACGUGCAAGAGUCCCACGAGUUCCAUUUAUCACAAUCAUGGAUCGGAACAGUCGAUGGACGAGCUCUCGCAAGACUCGAUGCUACUAUCUAUGCCGAACGAAGUUUAAUGACACUGGCACAAUUCAGCAUAUUGUAAAUACACGCGUUGCUUGAAAAAAAAGGUAGAGAUACACGCCUCGAAGAAGCAUCGCUCACAAAACCCGGGUAUUGUUUUAUUUAUCUUAAAAGGGGAAGCUUACUGUCUCACGCUAUUACUCUUCGAUGACUCUUCCAAUCAAUUGCUCAUACUUUUUGCUCAUAUCUCGCAUUCUUUCAGUGUCAAACUUCUGAAAAAUAUCAAGCGAGUAACGUUCCGCGUUACGUGAUUACGUAUUGUUUCGCAACAUAUUGAGAAAUUUAAACAAAGAUGUGUGCGCGCGCGCGCGCGUAUGCUGUACAUGUGUAUGUGUGCGAAUGUGUGCAAUCGUGAUUUGAAUCGAUUCUACCUCUUUCUCAGUUGUGUGCAUUUGAUAAUGUCGUACACGUCAUUCAUUCUUUCCCCGUCCCUCCAUCUUUUCUGUGAAAGAAUGUAAAAAAAAAUAGCUCGUUAUCGGAGACGUAAGUGAUUUGCGAUUCGUCA